AUGACCAAGACGCGCGGCAAGAAGAACGCCCACACCGGAAGCGUUCGAGGUAAAACACCUCCUGUUGAGCCUCAAGCCGUCUCAGCACCACCGCCCGUUGAUCGCGAACAGCGGAUCAUUAGCAAUGAACCUUUUCAUCCAGCGAACGAUUCACCUCGCACCAAACAAGCCAAACAGUCGGUCAACAGGCUCAAGCAGCUUGACAUAUGGGAUCCUCUAACAUCGGUCCACCGCAAGCUUUGCAGCCUGGACGAUCCCGACUUUACCACAAACGCCACUACUUUUGUCGAUCUCAUUUUCAAAGCGCAUGCAGAGUUGAAGGACAUCAUACCUGAGUUCAAGAGUAUCACAGACAAACCGCGCCUAGCCACGGUGGCUCGCAACGUUUACUCGAAUCUUGCCGCGGAAAUUGCCUCCUACAGUGAUGUGGACAAGGCACUGUCACUUGUGCUUGUUCACGUUGCACGUACCUUGCCGGCCCCUAAGCUAAGCCAAGAAGAUAUCGAAGACAACGCUCAUACCUCAGCCCAAUUUGGCUGUGCCUAUUACGGUAAUACGCCAGACCGCUUCCUCGAGUCUGUCACUGAACACGAUCGGAAGUUCAACGAGCUUGAUCCAAGCAAAGGUAAAAUUUAUCUUCGAGGCACUUCAAUCGUCCAGUCAAGCGGCACCGGCAAGUCGCGCAUGGUCUAUGAAUGUCGACAUCGAACUCCUCUUCUCUAUGUCUGCGUCCGACCAACUACCGCCGAUGGAUUGGCCAUGAAAGGCUAUCCCCUCGCUGAUCGUGGUGUCCGUGCCUUUUUCGAAGAGGCUCAGAAGACCCACAAGGAUCUGUGUAACCUUCAGAUUGCCUGUUUCCUCGGUGCUUGGUUCUCGGAGCUUGCUCAACGCCUCGCCAAACUGCCUACUCAGCAGCAAAAACACGACUAUCUGAUGCAGCUCAACCGUCUCGAUAACAAUGCUGGUGAGAAUCCUCAACGCAUCGACUUUUUCCUAACCGUUUCCGAGCUUGCUUCCGACACACUCGCCGAUGCCGACAGAAGUCUGAACGAUCGGGAUGAUGACCUCUUCGGCCAUUACAUUCGAUCGCCGCUCCGUCGCCUCGAAAGCGAGAUGAAAGCCAUUAUCACUCACAUGAACUCGCUCAGCCCCCACCACACAGCCUCUGCCACGCUUCCCGUCCUGGUAGCGUUCGACGAUUACGUGGAGCUCAACGUCGAUGGAGUGGAUGAGGUCAAUAAUCCAGUCAAGAGUCUCCGCCGCGCAUGGAACUACAUCACUCGACUCCAAUCUUGCGCCGGAACGCCAAAUUUUUUUCUUUUACUGAUCGGCACCAGCUUCGAAGCAUCUCGACUCUUCUAG